AUGGCGACUGACUUUGUAAAAGGCAACCUCAGGCAGCUGCCUUUGAGCACUUGCAGCUGCAGUCUGCAAGGGCCCAAAGGUCAACAUACAAUGAAGUCACCAAUGGUGGGACAAAUAGCGGAGAAUCUUAGUCUUUCACCACCAGGUAAUCUCUCAAUUGCUUGUAGCGUGAUAAGGUGUGUUUGUGUCUAUUUGGUUUUCAACCAAAACAAUUACAACAGUGCUUCACCACCAGUGUUACAAGGUUACAAGAAACCCUUUCCCUCUCCCACCACUGCAACAAUGACCCGCACCAAAAUGACAGCAAGGAAGUCUAAUGGUGGUACAGCACCACAUGUUACUCUGGUUCUACUGUCCACAGAUCCUGGCCGGCCUGAUCAGACUGAGGCGUCAAGCAACAUGAAGUUCUGUAUCGUCUGUCGCGACAGAACUGUCGACGAGGACUUGCUGUACAUGUGUAACAGCUGCCCCCGUGUUAUGUGUGGCAACUGUAUAGCCAUACCUGAGGAACACCUCCAGGACGUCUUGAGCCCUGAGGUCACUUUCAAGUGCAUCUCCUGCCAUAUUGGCACACAAGACCACGGUCGCGCCUACUCUCCGUACUUUGGUUUCUACUUGGGGGACAAACCACUCUUCAAGACGUUUCUUCUCAUCCAUGCAAGACUGGAGCUUUCUUCCUGUUCUCAGAUCUCAUCUGAUCCCGUCCUCUUUGUCCACCUCAAGCUGGUCAAUUAUGAUACUGCUGGCAGCUCUUUCGACCUCACGUACCGCUUCAUCAAGCCGUAUUUUCCCAGCGGUGGGAUUGAGCUUCGCGAGGUUAUUUUUGAUGUUGGCACUAGUGCCAAGAUUACUGAAUACCAUUCCGCGUGUCGUACCCUCAUACAUCUUCUCAAACAGGGCAAUUGGAAGCACGUUGUCAUUGGUGUGUCCAACCACACUGAUAAUGACCUUGGGGACCCAUUUGCUGGUUAUGAUAGUGCAGGGUCCUAUAUUGCUGCCCGAGUGGACAAUCCUUGGCAACCACUGAUCGAUCUUGCAGAGGAGUCCUUCCUCUGGAUGUUUGUAUGUGGGUCGCUUGUCAACAACCCUGAGUCCUACAAGGCUUUCCAGAACUCUGUUGUUGUUCACAAUAUAUCUGCCGCUGUUGCCUUCAGUGCCCCUCGGUUUCAACCCAGCUUUACUUGUCAUCUCCUCCUCGCUUUCACUGAACUUGUCCUGAUUGAACACUUUUCGAUCACCGAGGCUUUCCCAGAGAUGUUGGGCCAGUCAUAUAAGCUGGGCCGCCACAGUGACAUUUUCUUAUUUGUCACUGAUGAGCCUGAGUACCACCCUAUCAAGGUGUCCAGGAAGUCUUUCUCAUUUUGUCUGCCAGAGGGGGCAAAGAUUCUCAAUCCAGCCAAGAAGGGUAACAUCAGCUGGAUUGAGGUCCCUAUGGAUGUUCUGAUGUCCUUGGCCAUCCAGGGUGUACAGUAUGCAUCAUGCUUUAUGAUAAUGUCACAUAAUCGUGUUGAUAUUCACAUGGUAUUUAGUGACAUUCUUUUGCAGCACAAAGAUGAUUUUGUGGCUGCAAAGUGGGAUCUCCCUGAAUGUGCUCGACUUCUCAAAGAGGCUAUACGUGUCUACUACCUUCGUUUCCUCAAGGAUGACGAUGAUAUAGCUGCUGAGGAAGGAAUAAUCGCACCGGGUUCCAGUACAGCAAAUGCAUCUGCUGUGGAUGCAAGGUUGGUGAGGGAGAGGGAGGAGGAUUUAAAGCCCCUUGAUGCUGGAUUUUACAAGAGGAACCUGGGGGGUUAUGAUGUCGCCCUCAAGAUUUUCAAACAGGAGAUUGUCAAAUAUGACAAGAACAAUCGGGAUACCUUGAAUCCAAAGACAAUAGGAGACAGGACCAGGCUCUCUCACAAAUGGUAUGAUGAUCUUUCUGACGAAACAAAGGAUGAGCUGGAGGGGGUCGCAUCAAAAUGGAACAAGGAGGGUGCACCUCAGAUUGUUAAGGAUCGCUAUCGAUCUCAAAAUCAAAAGAGGAUUGUUGAAGAUUUCAUCACUAUGGUCGGCCGAACAAUGGGCCUACAUCUUAUUAUUGUAGCUGGUCAUGAUCAAGGUGAUGGUAAGGCUCCUGGGACUACAAUCUGGGGGACGACUCCUUGGACAGCUUCAGCAAAGUUUACUGAGCAUUCAAAGAAGAAUAGAAAUUGGGCAGCCGAUACGCAAGACCUUCUAGCUGACUGGUUGACUAAUGAGGAGUAUGCGAGUGAUAUUGAUGGAUCAGACGAGGAUAGUAGAGAAAAGAAGUCAGAGAACGAUAUGAUCACCGUGGAUGUAGAUGAUGAAGGCUAUCCUUUGCUGCCCCCUGACUUUCUCAAGGUCAACCUUAGGCGUCAGCAGGGUCUUAUCAGGGCAAUAUUUCAAAAGUCAUACGCUGUAAUUACCAAUAAUCCUCACGUACCCGUCCCAUGGAAAACUAUCACCGAUAGACCUCAUGACUUCCUCGACAUGGACUGUAUCCCUGGUGAUAUGAUCUUGAGGGACCCCUCUCACCUUGUCAAAGAAUCUAUCACCCUGCUUCAUUUGCAUUGGAAGUUCCAUACCAACCAUGGGCUACCCUUAGUCACCUUUGUCGGCUACAAGGAGGAACAUUUUUACGAUUCACUGGCUAAUAAGGGUAAAACAUCUCGUAAACCCACCAAAAAGCGACCAUAUGUGGAGAUUGACUCAGAUGAAGAUGAGCCUAUUCAAAAGGAUGCCUCCUCCUGCUCUGAGGAUGAAAAGAGCAAAGGACCUUCUACGUCAAAGGGCAAGGAACCUUCCAUCUCAAAAGGAAAGCAACCUUUGAAGGCGACACAACCUUUGCCUUCUAAGGCAAGUCCUGCAUUCCAUGCAGGUAUUGACCAAAUCUCUUUCCUAUGGUCUCUCUCCUCCCACCCCACUUUUCAAGCUCUGGAACCAUCAGACUAUAUUGCCCUGAAACAAAACCUUCCCCAAUGGGCGUCUUGGAGGUGGGCAGAAGGGUACUUGCCUUCAGAGGUCCACUUAGAAGACGAAGCCUUCCUUGAGACUCUCCAGUCAUUUAAAGACUAUAAGUUUAUGGCCUCCUCGAGUGGUAUCCUGGUAGCCCUAGGUCUAGGACUUCUACUUCGAGAGUGCAAUCGUGCUCAGGAGUAUGAAGCUGACGAGGCAGGUGAUGAUGUUCCUGUCUAUUUGGGUCAGCCUCACCUUGGAAUUGAUGUCAGUGAAGAAGUCAACAAUGUGACCACAAUCAUCCUUGGUAAUGUGAGAAGGAGUCUCACCAUCCUGACAAAGGUGAAAGAGAGCACUGCAGCUAGGGAAGCAAGGAGAUCAAAGGAGAUUGAUGGGGCGAAAAAGAAGCAGGAUAAGGAGAAGCAUAAGGAUGAGGAGACAAGGAAGAAGGAGGAGGCGAAGAAGGAGGAGAUGAGGAAGAAGGAGGAGAUGAGGAAGAAGGAGGAGGCAAAGAAGGAGGAAGAGGCGAGCAAGAAGAGGAAAAAGGGUGGAGGAAAAGCUCAGAAUAAAGGCAAGCCUGACUUGCUCGAGGACUCUGAUUCAGAUGAGCCUAAGCUGCCUAAGAAAAAAGCCAAAUCAUCUCCAGUUGCUGCUCGUCACUCUAGCCAAGUCAAAACAAUAAAGUCAAGGAAGUAG